AACAUUGUUAGUCAUCCAAUCCCAGAAUACCUACUAAAGCGCCUACAACGUGUCCAGUUAGCCGCUGUAGGUUUCGUUCUUUGGCGCUAUGCGCAUAUGCCGGGUCUAAUCAAACUAGGAUGGAUGCCAAUAAAGGAACGCAGAGACAUUGAAUCAAUUACUAAACACUGUUUUUAAAGCCUUGCAUUAUACUGACUGGCCGUCUUAUCCAAAGCUAGACAUUCAUAAUCUAACGCGGACACUGAGGUCUUCCAAAGAAACGACAUUAAAAGUAUCCCUUGAGUCGGAUACUUUCCAGGACAGUGCCUCCAAUGUUUUUAAUUCAUUACCCUCUGCUGUAAAGUUUUUAGUGAUUUAA